CUUUGAGAAGCCAACUGGACGAGAAUCAUGCUACCGGCGAUACCAUCAAGGAUACUAUCGAACUAAUCAAUAAGCUCAAUUUCUGGGACGACACAAUGUUAAUAUUCUUUACCGCAAGCAGCAGUGAUGAAAUUCUUCAAGCACCAAUGAACGAUAAAUACGCAAUGACCUAUGCUUGGGAUAUACUCCGCGCUACACUUGCAGAACAGGAAAAGGCAGUCAAUAUCGCCUCCACCGCCACCGGCGUCAUCAUCUCCCUGUGCUUCUUCGUUCUACCCCUCGUCUGGUCGAACUGCCUCCGAAUUCUCCCGAUCCAGAAUUCCCCUCCCGGUGCCGGGGACCCCUGGAGCGAGUUCACCGAGUUG